AAAUAAUGGUUUAUUAUCAUGAAUGAUUUGAAUCUGACCACCAUCAUAUCGGUGGUACUUAAACUUAUACUGUGCUACGACAAGGGUACAAGUACAACCGUCAAACUCCCAUCCAUCUGAACUUUAGAUUUGGAUGGACUUUUAGGAUUUGGAUCACCUUGGGUCAUACAUUUCACAUGCAUUCAUUCACUCACUCUCAGAUUGUAAUGGGAUAACGUGGAUGACGAUCGCAUAGUCCUAGAGCCACGUAUUCAAAUCCACGCUGGAAAGUUGAGCUCACAGAUGUACACGUCAGAGCCAUAAAGUGUCAAAAUGAUAAACAGCACACAAGAAGAAGAAGAAGAUAAUCAAAGCAACAAGAGAAGAGACGAUGAGUGCUCUGCGUCUCUCAUUGUGAGCCUUAUUUUUACCCGGGAAAAAAUCACGGAAACUGCAAAUGUGAAGCUUCACUUUGUGAGCGUUUACUAGUUUUGGAGAAAAUGGAGAAAUGUUGUGAGUUCUGCAGAGCAUUAAGGCCGGUAGUGUACUGUAAAGCUGAUGCAGCACAUCUUUGCCUCUCUUGUGAUGCAAAGAUCCAUUCGGCUAACACAGUUUUCAACCGGCAUCAGCGCACUGUCUUAUGCGAAUCCUGCCAAGGCCGCCCUGCUUAUGUUCAGUGUUUGGAUCACAGAAUGUUUAUGUGCAAUGCCUGUGACAGGAGCCAGCACACGUCAUCUUCCCAACAUCAUCACAAACGCACUAUCAGGAGUUACACAGAUUGCCCGUCUGCCAAGGAUUUUGCAGCAUUGUGGGGUUUCCAAUCAAAUGAGAUAGAUAACAAGACUCUAUCCACCUCUUGUGGUUCUUGUGACUCGAGUGUGGUAAGCUAUGAUAUUCAUGGGCAGUCUUGCUCACAAAUUGAAUGUCUUUCAGGUGGUGCUCGGUUUGAAAUGGGAUCGACCAGUAAACAAUACGAGAUAUAUUGUAAAGGUGAAGAGCAUAAGAAGACUGGUUUUAUUCUGCACCAGAUACUUGACUUGGAAAGGCUGCAGCUAGCCAAGGGGAAUAGCCCUUCAGCACAGAGUGACCUAUCUUCUUCAGCACAUCAUACUUGGAACAGCUUUGAUGAGAAUCUUGAUUGGCAUUUACAACACUGCGAGACUACUGGUACUAACUUUCAGCUAAAUGAGAGUCCGCUUCAGAAUCCGAAAGAUGAUCCUUUGCCAUUUCUAUUUUAUCAAGCAGAACAUUUACCAUCAAAUUCAACUAUUGGACUUCCAUUGCAGACAGAAUCCAUUUGGCAGUGCAGAAGUCCGGUUCAAAGUAGUCAGCUGUGGUCUCAAAAUAUGCAAGACCUUGGGGUUUGUGAAGAGCUUGUUUGUCACGACGAUUUUGACAUACCUGAUGUUGAUUUGACAUUCCGAAAUUUCGAGGAACUCUUUGGAGGUGAUCAAGAUCCUACCAGAUUGCUGCUUGAUGAUAAAGAUGUCUCAUAUUCCUCCAUGGAGAGGGACAUGUCCCUCGAUAAAUCAGAUGACUGCAAUUCAAGAGCAAUGGUGGAUGUAUCAGAGGCUUCAUCCAUGUACCUUACUCAGCCUGCAGACUUCGACAAAGAUACCAGUGCCUGUAACAAAGUUGUAGACGUUUCGGGAAGCAUGGAUUCGAAUUCUCCACAUGCUAUUCGACCACCUUUUUCAACUUUACCAUUCUCUGAGUCGAGGAUAUUCACCGUUAGCAACAAUGCAGAUUGUCAUGAUACGCAACCCUUGAGUACUUCACCUGAUGUGGAUACUGGACAGCUGGAAGUCGGAGCAAGUUCUCGGAUGAGGUACAAAGAGAAGAAGCAUUCUCGACUAACUGAGAAGAAACUUCCAUAUCCAUCUCGGAAAGCUACAACUAAUAUACAUAAGCUGGGAAAAGGCCGAAUUGUUAAGACAGAAGAGGAAUACGAUUCAGACACCAUUGAUGUGACAAGAAGUCACUGAUCGAACUUUAGCCAUCUUUGUCUAUACAUAUUACCAUGUCCCAAGUGAUCGAAGUGCAAUCUGGUUUAAAAUUUACAGUCAAAGCAUGCAUGAACUUCUUUUUUUACAGUAGUUACUCAAUUUACUUACUCUUAACAGUAAAUUUUCGUUAUAUUGAUGAAAAUGUGCAAUCAUGAAACGGAAGCUCUUUCUGGACGUACGGUUGUGAACCGUUCCACAAUUCCUAGUAUGUUUAAGUAUAUUGGUAUUGAGAGAGAUUGAUGAGAG